UUGGACAGUAGCAGCAGCGGCAGCCAGUGAGCUGCUCCUCGGUCCACUCGGCGGCAUUCGAUUUGUUAACGUUUCGUAGAGCGGACGAUGCGAUCGACGAGUGAUCGUUCGGGUGUUUGAUUUGAUUUGUGGUUUCCAGCGGCAGCGUCGAGUUUUAGGUAUCGGCGAUUACACAGCCGGCCGUUGCCGUCGUUUCGGUGCAGCACAGUGAUAAGGCGUCCUCGGAGUGCUUCAGUUGGUUGCCUCUCAUCCAUCCAUCCAUCGGAAUCAAUGCGCGGUGGCAUUCGGUACAUUCCUACCGUGACAGUGGUGCUUGCGUGAUCUCGGGAACGGAUCGUCACCGUGCUUUUCGUCCAGCAUCGAGUGCUUGAGAUUGAAAUUUAGAAAUGUUUUCCUGGAAACAGAGCAUUGUCGCGUGCCUGCUGGUGGUGUUCGCGCUACAAGCGGCCACUCAAGAUGCCGCCGAACCGGGUAAGAUCGACCUGAAGGACAUCGAUCUGAACGAGCUGCUGAAGGAUGAAAAGCUGGCGGACAUACUGCCACCGGAGUUCAAGAACGUCACGCUGCCCAAGCUCGAGGACAUACAGAAGGUGAUCAAGGACAAGUGCUCCCGGGUGGCCGGUAGUGACGCAUCGUACGAGGAGGCCGAACAGGCGGCUCAAAAGUUCGGCGAGUGCAUGCGCGAUCUCGUCGAUUUCAGCGAUCUACAGGAGGAGAUCAAAAAGGCCAAACCGACGGGAGAUCUGGACACCGUUUUCAAUAAGUACUGCCGGAGACGUUCCGCGGCGAUCGAAUGCAUCGACACGUUCUCGAACAAGGUGGACGUUUGCCUGGAGAGCGAGGAGAAGGAAAGCAAGGUCGUGAUGGUUAACAUUGUUCACGGAUUGUUGAACUUUGUUUGUCAUAAGGAUGGUGAUCAGAUUGCGUUGUUCAUUGCAGAGGAAGGUCCCGAGUGUUUCUCCGAUCAAAAGGAUGCUCUGGUGGAUUGUAUCAAUGGUACGCUUUCGGGAUACCUAACGGAAGAAACCGCUCCCUCGUCCUCACCGGGCGGUGUCCCGAAGCUGGUGAUGGGCAAAAAACAAUGCGAUGAAAUGACAACUCUACAGAAUUGUAUGGUUUUAGCGCUGGAAGGUUGCAAGGAGUCGACGCCAGCCAAUCUGGUCGAGUCACUGUUCAAGUUCGUACGGCGGGAAACGCCCUGCGCCAAUUUGACUGGUGAAGCCGUUCCCCGAAAGACUGGCCGUGGUACGGGCACUCUAUCGCAAGCAUCGCUACACAUACUGCUAUCUACGCUGAUCAUGGCCAUGAUGGCGAAACUGUUUGUAAGAUAGGCCCACCAUACCGUCCUCGGUGCACUCCUGUUCCUAUUCUUUUGCUCAAUGGUGAUAAGCACUCUUCAAACAAAAUAGCCAAGUUAGUGAUGAUACAAAGGUUUUUUUUAGUGCGGUGUGUUUUAUUCGGUAAAAAAGUGGUAAUAGUGUUAAUUUGAUAAAAUGGUUGAAGAAACAACAUCAAAAGAUUGCAAUUUUAAUGACAAACCCCCAUCGGUGUAUGUGAGUCGAAUAAAAGGACCAUUUGGAUGAAAUGAA